AUGAUUCCGGUUGAUAAUGGUAUUAGAAGCCCCCAAAGUGAAAUUGAAGAAUCUAAUGGGAGGCAAGUGAAGGAGUUUGCUUCUGUAGAUAUUUCAAACUCUACAGACACAUUACCAAGCAAUGAAAAUCCUCACACAAAGUUAAAGCACCUUGCUAAUGAGAAAGACCUUAUUUCACGGUCUGUGCCUUCUCCAUAUUCCAAUGGUCUAAAAUCGCGUUUCCAUAGGAUGUUUGCUCAGAAACUUGAAUGGAAUUCAGUCAAGAAAAUAUGGAGAACAAAUGACAUUUCUACACUUAGAAUGAUUUACUGCAAAAAUGGUACUUCUAAGCCACAUGAAUGGAGACAUAUGAUGGUAGUGGUUAUUCUCCUUCAUGUUAACUGUUUUGCUCAAUAUGCACUCUGUGGUCUAAAUUUAGGAUACACAAGGUCUCAGCGACCGACAGUUGGAGUUGGAAUUACUAUAUUAGUUGCAAUUGCGACACCGACAAUAGCUGGAUUCUACAUUAUUCUUAGUCCACUUGGGAAGGAUUAUGAUUGUGAGAAGGAUGAAGAAUCACAAGAUCAAAUUACGAAACCGUUUGAGAAAAAGUAUGCAUUUGCAUCUAAAGAUCAACAGGGAGAAGUAAUAGAAUUAGAAAAUAGACCGAAUUGGAGUGGAGGAAUACUUGAGAUAUGGCAUGAUAUAUCUGUAUCAUUUCUCUCACUUUUCUGCAUUUUUUCUGUGUUCGGUUGGAACUUGGAGAGACUUGGAUUUGGGAACAUCUAUUGGAAUCAUCCUUUGUUUUUGUGGUUUACUUUAUGGUGGCUUUUGGAGGAUACAAAUGAGAAAGAGGUUCAAUUUUCCUGCAUACGAUUUCUGUUUUGGAAACCAUCGGUUUCUGAUUGUACACUUUGGUUAUGCUGUUGUUGGUGUUCUCUUGCUCAAGAAACGAGGACUGGGAAUAAUUAUGAUAUCUUGGAAGACAAGUUAUGUUUGAAAGAAAUUGAUACUUGUGAUCAAGUUUCAACUUCGAAUUUGGAUAGAGAAGAUGUAGUAGUAUCAACCAAAUCUGACACAAGUUUUACUCUUGAAAGCGGUAAAGAUGUAACAAUGACUCCACCAUCUCCAUCGUUAAUACAAAAAGAAUAUCAUUAG